AUGGCGACUAGUUCUUCACCAAUCACACAGGUUUCACAGACGCCAGCUCAUGUUAAUCUUCAUCAACCACAGCUUUUAACGAGGCUGUUGCUUGACCUUCGUGGAAAACGUUAUGAAGUCGAUCGAGAGACCAUUAUGAACCUGCCCGAAUCGGUUUUGCUUUGUUUGUUCCCGAAUGGACUCGUUCUGAGCCGUCAGAGUGCUGCCCUGGAUGGAGGUGAUGAAGACGAGGAGGAUGUCUAUGCUGUGGAUUUUGACCCAGACUGCUUUCAAUUCGUUCUCUCCUUCUUCCGCACUGCCUCAGAAACCUUCUAUGGCACCGACACCUUCCCAGGCCUGUUCGCGGCUCAACAACACCUACUCGACGCCUCUCCAAACGACUUUUCCAACCCACCACCGUCGCAGAACCCUCUGAUUUCAAAACAAGCAAUCAUCGUUCUCCGCGAAGAGCUCGAGUACUUUUCGAUUCCGCCAAAAGAUGGCUCAGUGAAGAUUGACCAGAACGGACUUGCGGGAGAGGCGUUGGCUAAUAUUAAACGGAGAUGCGGAGAUUAUCUAAUGGAGAAGAAGAGUAUCUUUACGGCGUUGCAGAGGAAUGUGAACAAGGAGAAUAAUGUGGCGGAGCAGCAUUUGAUUGAUAUGCUUUGCAUGAGUGGGUUCGACCGCGAAGAUGAAUGGGGAUUCAGAGCGUUGGAACCUUCACGGUGUUGCAUAUCCUCAAUAGCACUAGUCCUUCUGAAAACUGGGAUCACGCAUCACCCUGGAGGUGAGAAGGCCGUUGAGGUAGACUAUCAGCAAAUGGCUACCGCUCAAAAACUUCUCUUGUUCUGGAGGAAGCCCGCGCGGAAAUGCUGGUGGGAUGGUCUUGAUAUUGAGCUACCGCCUUCUGGCAAUGAUGAGGGUAGGAUUAUCAAGCUAUGGGCCCGUAGAGUCUGGACAUUGGAGCUCAGUCUGGUAUGA